CCCGACCCCGACCCCACGACGACGAGGCUGCGACCUUUGGCUUCGUGGACGCGGCCGUCUAGCAUGAAAAGAAAGAUGGCCGACCUCGACGUGCUGAUGGACGAGACGUUGACGCUAUGCAAAACACCACCAGUGCCCCGACGGCACCCCUAUCGCCAGUUCUACCAGUACAAAAAACCAGAGACGACCGCGCCAGCAGAGAAGCCCGACGUCGACAUGAUCGGGCCGCCCAUGUUCACCUUUGGCUCCGAAACCGACCUUGUACCCCAGCCGCUCUUCAGCAGGACCAACUCCAUGCCCAGCAGGAGCAACUCGCUGCCCUCCGGAUCAUCGCGCCCCGCCAGACCGCCAGAGCCCUUCCAGUUCAACUCGGACAUUGUCAAGAGCCCCUCGCCACUCUUCAGCAGGAGAAACACACUGCCGCCGCGCGUCCGACGUGCCAUGGCCUCGGAACGAAAGCCCUCGCCGCUGUCCCAUAGAGAAGAUGCGCAACCGCCAGAGCCGACCCACCACCCCUCUGCCUUGAUGCCCCCGCCCACGUCACCGAAUGAGCAGCCACCUACCCUAUCCACCAUCACUACCACCAUCAACACAACCACGACCAAGCCACAGCCUACCCUGUUCAAAGCCACACCAUCAAAGCCAAAACCCUUGCCGCCAAAAAUCUUCCAAGCGAUACCUCCUCCGACAAGGCCUCCACCACCUGUCCCAACAAUGGCUACUCCAUCAAGACCCGCCCCCUCAAAAGCGAUCCCAACAAAAACGACACCACCAAAGCCGACGCCAUCAACGCCUUCGUUCCUCACUGCUUCCACUCCGAAACGACCAUCCCCGCUCUCCGGUAAAGGGAGCGUGCGCCGCCCCGGUCCCAGCCAGUUUGCCCCUUUCCAGCCUGCAUCGCCCACGGUACUAUCACCCGUCACUUCCCACACUAGCUCUGUAGCCUCGUCGCCCACCCCCUCCGUCUUCUCAGAAGCUGCCAGCUUUUCGGCCUCGGCACCAUCGACCCCAUCAACACCGGCCUCAUCCCCACCCAGUUCCCCGGACAACCGUCCUCGCUCGCCAAUGUGCUACUUCACACCGAGCUACUGGACCAUCAUGACCUCACCCUCCCCAGUGUAUAUCCCAAGGCAGAAACUGAGGCGCAAGGACAGCCCCAAGAUCGAGAAUCUGAGAACCCUCAGAGCAAAAGAGUCUGACGCCUGUCUGGAGGCAAUGUACGACCAGCGAACGUCGGCCUACAUGGAUUGGACAGGCUUCCAAGCCCUCUCAAAUUGAACCAAAAAAAACAUCAUUUACCAUCUCGCCAGCAUGACUUCAUAGCCCAUCUACUAUUGCCGCUGGGUCCAGAAUGAUUAUUUCCGAGACGCUAGAACAUGCUGGACGAGAUGACAAGUACUAUUAUUUGCAGCAUACAGCCUGCACCACCACACUUCUAAUGAUGACGAUUUACGACUUAUGACGACAAUGAACCAGCAUGGAGGAUACGUACGGCGUUACAGAGCAUUCGAUUAUAAUACCCAGGGUUUGAACAUUUAGCAUAUUGGUUUUGCACACCUGGUUUGCCAUAGUCGCACGUCUUCAACGCAUUAGCACCCAUGUAAUAUAAUCACAUUACAGGGCCAGUCAGCGCCCUGUUUCGUUUCUGCUA